CAUUCGUGUGCAGAAUUCUCGUCGGAGUUUUUUUCUGAUGAGCAACCGGAUAUAGCGCAUUCAACUUCCUGUCCACGCGUGUGUCGUGAUGUGAAGUUGAAAUGGCUGACAUUGUACAACAACGAUUAGAGGACAAAAUACCAGCGCUUGAACAGCUGGAGAGAGUCGGGUUGUUUACGAAUAAAGAAGUCAAGUCCAUGUUAAAAAGAUCUACUGCUCUUGAAUACAAGCUGCACCGGGCAGUUCAGAGUAAAGAUGACUUUAUUACAUACAUACAGUAUGACAUAAAUGUCCUAGAGCUCAUCAAGAAGAGGCGGGCGAGAAUUGGUUACCAUUUUAAACGCGAAGAAAUUGAGUAUCCCAUCAUUCAUCGCAUAAACAAUGUUUUCAGAAGGGCUACCACAAAAUGGCAGGAAGACGUGCAGCUCUGGCUUUCUCAUGUUGCUUUUAAUAAGAAAUGGGGCACAAAGACUCAGCUCAGCAAGGUUUUGUCAUCUAUGUUAGCUAUCCAUCCGGACAAACCAGCUCUGUGGAUAAUGGCUGCUAAGUGUGAGAUGGAGGACAGGAACUCUUCAGAGAGCGCUCGACAUCUCUUCCUCCGUGCCCUGCGCUUUCAUCCAGAGAAUAAGAAAGUCUAUCAGGAGUAUUUUCGGAUGGAGCUCAUGCAUGCUGAGAAAUUGAGGAAACAGCAGCAGGAGUUGGAACAAGCUAAAAUUGAUGUGGGGGAAUAUAAAUUUUCUCCAGAGAUCUUGAGUGGAAAACUUGCUGAGGUGGUAUACAGAGAUUCUGUACAAAAAAUUAAAGGGGCUGAAUUCAUCUUGUCCCUGCUACAGAUCGCUGCCAUCUUUGACUUCACAAAGGAGCUACAUGACACCAUCCUGCAAGAUCUACAGAGUAAGUAUAACGAUGACUGCCUGAUGUGGGAUUUCAUGGCUAAGCGUGAGCUGGAUGCUGCCGGUGCCCCGGAGCUCCAGUCUGCGAAAGGAAGAGCUUCUGAUACAGACCGCAGAGAAGAUCGCUGCUGUACCGUUUAUGAGGAGGCUCUGAAGAGCCUUAAUACAGAGGCCAUGUGGACAUGCUAUGUCACGUUUUGUCUUGAGAGAUAUAAGAGGAAGACAAAUGUCACUGAACUGAAGGAAAAGAGAAAGCAACGAUUACUCCAAGUCUUACAGAGUGCUCAUGAUGCCAAGCUUUUGCAAGAGACUUACUACAAGAACUGGCUACAGGUCCUGCUGUCAUCAGGGGAUACAGUAUCUGCUACCCAGAUUGCCAUCACAGCCACUCAGCGCUUCAGCCAAUCAGUAGAGAUGUGGAGCUUCAGCCUCCAGACAUUGGUCCAUCUGGAGAGCGCAGAGGCGGGACAUCUAUUCCAGGAAGCCCUGAAACGUGUGAAUCCCAAGGAAAGUCUGGCAUUAUGGCAGCUGCAGGCAGAUUGGAGCAUGACCUCACAGACACCAGAGGAAACUGAGACCUUUUUUCAGAAAGGCCUACUGUCCCCAGUACCGGCAGUGUCGGCUGCCAUGAAGGAAAAAUACCUUGAGUGGUCAUACAAAACUGGUAGUUACAAAAGGGCUAGAAAAACAUUUACAAGCUUACAUGAACACAGACCCUUCACUAAGGCAUUCUUCCUGAUGAUGAUUCAGAUCGAGAAAGAGCAGGUUACACCAAAGAUGAGUAAUCUGAGAGAUUACUACGAGCGAGCACUUCGUGAGUUCGGCUCCUCAGAUGAAGAUCUGUGGAUCGACUACAUCAAGGAAGAGUUAGCUAGGCACGGAAACCCAGAGAACUGUGGGAAGCUCCACUGGAGGGCUGUUAAAACCCUGGAGGGUGAAAGUGUUGAGCGUUUUACCACCAAGUACACACUGCUGCAGACCGGGAACAUUUAAAACCAGCAUGAAUCUUUAACAUGUGUUGAUCAUAUCUUGAGGGCACAUUGACGGAUAACCUCAGGAGUUUCCAUUUGAAAAGCCUAUUUGUUGAACAUUUCCAUUUAUCUUCUUGAUAUUUUUUGAAACAUGCUGGUAUUUGAUCUUUCCAUGUUGUUCCAGAAAUAAACAUUUUAUUAUGACACUGUUAUUGUCUUUAAAUGUUAAAUAAAUUAUUUGUUGUGUUUUGGCAAACCCUUGCUUACACCAGUACACCAAAUAAAACAAAAGUUCUACAAAAAAAACAAAUGUGGUGAAAUGAUGUAGCCUGUAGGUAGCAUCAAUUCAGAAUUCUCUUGACAUUGUUUACAUUAUAAAAGUAGACAUUCAUUUUGCUAUUACAGAGCAAGUGUAACAAGUACCUCUUCAGAAAAAAGUUAAAUCUAUAAAACACAAUAGCGGAGCAUCAACUGAUUUCACCUCUAAAAUAAAGUAAAAAGUCAUUAAGAAUAACAAGUAGUAGUUAAUACACUGAUUAAAGUACCAAGUUAACUACAUCAACCUUUCUUUAGUGAUUAAGGACACUUCAAGUUGUGAAAUCGAGAGUUUAAUCGAUGUCACUGAUUUUUACUAAUAAAUUACCAUGGAGCUGAGAAAUAAGCUGUAUGAGAUAUUAUAGGUUAACAGUUAUAAU